UGCCGCUCGUGGCCGAGUUUGAACCGACGCUUUAGUCUGCUCGGCCACUCCGUCCCACAAAUAUUAUUGUAACGUUUAAUAACUCUAAUAACAAUAACUUCUAAUAAUACUAUAUUAUGUUCGUCAUAUUGUAAAUAUAUAUUUCGAAAGUGUGUAUAACAAAAUCAAAGUUUCGAAGGAAUACUCAACAGACGAAGAGUCAUCGAGGUUGAUCUGUUUCGACCAGUCGCCGAUUAGACCGACAGGGAUGAGAUUUAUCGUCAUCACCAUUAUGUCCACCACAUUUUUAAUCCAAACAUUUUCUCAGUCCAUCUGGAGCGCCAUAUACGAACCGGCACUAUUGGCUUUUCCGGACUGGACAAGCCGAUCGCUGUCCUUAUUGCCUGUAUGGGGCAAUGUGAUGACUGCUGUACUAGUGUUACCAGUGUGUCUAAUGGUCGAUAAAUACGGAUUAAAAGUGAUUCUGUCAUGUUCAUGCUGUUUUUUCACUUUGGGCACGGCUGUACGAUGUAUGCCAAUCAUGUAUUCUUGUACGCUGUGUUUGCACUUGUCGGCCGUGUGUCUAUCCGUGGGCAGCGUGGUGACGACGCCUCUUAUAGUGACCAUGUCGGCGCAGUGGUUCCCGAAGGACGAAAGGAACAUGGCUUCUGGUGUAUGCUCGGCCGUGAGUAUGUUGGGAUCAGCGGCCACGUACAUUAUCGGCCCCAUGAUGGUAUCCGCGGUGUCCGACGGACCAUCUAGCCGGUUCGUCAUAAGGAUUCAGAUCAUGCACAUGAUGUACACGUGUCUGGGUCUGAACACGUUCGUCACGUUUAUGGUUUGUCUAUUAUUCCCGAGACACACUAUGCCGCUGAGCUGCAGACAGACCAUACCGUCGACGGAGUCACACCAGAGCACCUGCAAACUGGUUCGCUCGCUCAAAACGCUCGUCAUGAAUCUCAAAAUGUGGUGUCUGGUGUUGGCACUCACGCUGUCUAACACGAUGUCGGUCCCGUGGUGGGCGUUGAUACCGUCGACUUUUUCCAAAAUUAACGUGUCAUCGGAAAUCACUACACAAUGCUGUUUUUUCAUGAUCGUUCAUACCUUUGGCCUGAGCUUGACGAUCAGCAGUUUCGCGCACCGCGCCCCCCGCUACACCAAGGUAUUAAUUAUGAUCAGUCGUUGCGUGUCGUUGAUCUUCCUCCUGUGGUUAAUGCUCAUGAUGAACUUCAACGCUAAACUCACAACCACUAGAUUGUUUUGCGCUGUCCUGGUGGCGUUCCCGUACAGCUUUUGCACGCAGUCGCUCCUGUACGAAAUGGGCGUCGAAUUUAUGUGUCCGUUGCCCGGGAGUUUUGUAGCAGGCUACAUGACGGUGUUGAACAAUUUGUUCGUAGAUGUCAUAUAUGUUGUGUUGUAUUUCUUCCCCCGUUUCGACGAAUACUGGCUGAGCAUUGGUGUAUUCGUUUUCUCGGCCUUGAGCAUAUUGUUUCUAUAUCUCACCGUGGAUGUGACUAGAGAAAGAAAAAAAUUCAAUCAACAUAUAUUAAAUUAUUCUGAUUUUGUAGCCACGCUUGAUGUCUCAAAAACCAUCCUAACCACAUCCUAACCAAAACAACCGACAUUUAAUACUAUUGUGAUACAUCAUAGUAAGCAAUUAAUCAUUCCAGUAAGUAGUUUCUAGCUGGUAACUACGUGGGAAAUUGACAAAAUAUUUCUAUACCGUGUUUAUUUGAAAAUAAUAUUUUUUUGAAAAUUUUGUUUUAUUAUGUUAAUAUAUUUCAUGAUUAAUAAAUGUUUAUUAUUCAAUUAGCCACUUUA